AUGGGGCAUUUGCCGGGCCACUCGCCCCCUAGGGCUGGGGCACCCAGUCGCCCACAUCGGGGCAUCCCCGGGCCCGGCCGCGAGGCUCCGGGCGGGCACCGAGGACUGGCACCCGGCGAGAGGCCAAGGCGGGCCGGGAGAGGGGCACGGGGGGCGCGGCGCUGCGGGCCGCGGGCGGACGGGCGGGCGGAUGGACCCAGGAGGCGGCGGCGGCGGCGGCGGCGGCGGCGGGCGGGGCGCUCCCUGCUCCGCCUCCCCGCUCCGCCCUCCCGCUCCCGCUCCGCCCUCCGGCUCGGCGCCUGCCCGCCCGCUCCCUGCGCCGCCCGCCCGCUCUCCUCGCUUGCUCGCUCGCUCUCGGGCCCCCCAUGCGGAUGUGACAUUUCACGCCGCCGCCAUUUUGAGAGCGAGCCGAGCCGAGCCGCCGGGCGCCGCGUCCGCUCCGCCUCCCUGCUCCGCCUCCCCGCUCCGCCCUCCCGCUCCCGCUCCGCCCUCCGGCUCGGCGCCUGCCCGCCCGCUCCCUGCGCCGCCCGCCCGCUCUCCUCGCUUGCUCGCUCGCUCUCGGGCCCCCCAUGCGGAUGUGACAUUUCACGCCGCCGCCAUUUUGAGAGCGAGCCGAGCCGAGCCGCCGGGCGCCGCGUCCGCUGCCGGAGCCCCGACGACGACGCCGAGGAGGCGGAGGCCGCAGCGCCUGGAGCGCGGCCGGCCCGUCGCCCGCCCGCGCCGCCGCCGCUCCCGUCGGCCCCAGGCCCCGCAGGCGAGGCCCAGGCCGCGGCCGACAUGAACCACCAGCAGCAGCAGCAGCAGCAGAAAGCGGGCGAGCAGCAGCUGAGCGAGCCCGAGGACAUGGAGAUGGAAGCUGGAGAUACAGAUGACCCACCAAGAAUUACUCAAAACCCUGUUAUCAACGGGAAUGUAGCCAUGAGCGAUGGGCACAACAACACCGAGGAAGACAUGGAGGACGACACGAGUUGGCGCUCCGAGGCAACCUUUCAGUUCACUGUCGAGCGCUUCAGCAGACUGAGUGAGUCGGUCCUUAGCCCUCCGUGUUUUGUGCGAAAUCUGCCAUGGAAGAUUAUGGUGAUGCCACGCUUUUAUCCAGACAGACCACACCAAAAAAGCGUAGGAUUCUUUCUCCAGUGCAAUGCUGAAUCUGAUUCCACGUCUUGGUCCUGUCACGCACAAGCGGUGCUGAAGAUCAUAAAUUACAGAGAUGAUGAGAAGUCGUUCAGCCGGCGUAUCAGUCAUUUGUUCUUCCAUAAAGAGAACGAUUGGGGAUUUUCCAAUUUCAUGGCCUGGAGUGAAGUGACUGAUCCUGAGAAAGGAUUUAUAGAUGAUGACAAAGUUACCUUUGAAGUCUUUGUACAGGCGGAUGCCCCCCAUGGAGUUGCGUAAGUUUUCCUUUAAUUGGA